GUUUGUCUUCUGCUCGUGCCUGGGGUUGCAUAUCACAACCUACUCAAUCGCUACAAGACCUUUUCAAUUCUGAAUAAGAUUACGUUUACCCGGUCGCGAUGGUGCAAAUAUUCGCUGCGCAAGUCUUUUUCAUAUGUUUCCGCGAGAGCUUGGAGACCAGCAUCAUCGUAUCAGUCUUGCUCUCCUUCCUGAAGCAGACGUUAAGCCGCGAAGAUGAAAAACCCGUCUAUCGAAAACUGGUUCGACAGGUCUGGCUAGGAGUCAUCCUCGGCCUCGCAAUAUGCCUGAUCAUCGGUGGCACCAUGAUAGUCAUAUUCUACCGCUUCCAGUCUGAUCUCUUUGCCAAAUACGAUUACAUCUGGGAGGGCGUGUUUGGUUUCAUCGCCUCGGCAAUCAUCACCAUCAUGGGCGCGGCUCUACUCAGGAUAUCCAAGUUGCGCGACAAGUGGCGCGUCAAGAUCGCUGCUGCCCUCGAGGCCAACAGUGCCGAUGAGACUUCCAGUGGAGACACUGGAUUAAAAGGGCUCAAGUUGUUUGGAGAGAAGUAUGCUAUGUUCCUCCUUCCCUUCGUCACAGCGCUGCGCGAAGGCCUGGAAGGGGUGGUAUUCAUCGGUGGUGUUAGUCUUGGAUUGCCAGCCGCUUCGUUUCCGCUGGCAGUAGUGUGCGGCUUGGGAGCUGGCGCGUUAAUCGGGUUCUUGCUCUACAGAGGAGGCAAUGCAUCGUCUUUGCAAUUGUUCCUUGUUGCAUCGACAUGUUUCCUAUAUCUCGUGGCUGCUGGUUUGUUGAGCAGGUCCGUGUGGUUCCUUGAGAAUUAUCCGUGGAACACGGCCCUCGGUGGCGACGCAGCAGAAACAGGCUCUGGACCUGGGUCAUAUGAUAUCCGCCAGAGUGUCUGGCAUGUGAAUUGCUGUAAUCCCGAGAUCGAUGGAGGCGGCUGGUGGGGAGUUUUCAACUCACUCCUUGGCUGGCAGAACUCUGCUACCUACGGCAGUGUCAUCUCCUACAACCUUUACUGUGUUGCGGUCGGUGCGGGAUUCCUGGUCAUGGGCUUGAGAGAGAAGUAUGGGGGAUGGUCAGUCUCACGGUACAAGGGCAAGAGCAACACACGUGUGGUCACAUAGACGCCGUCUGCUACAUUCUUGGAUAUGCAAGGCAGCCUAGUGCCAAUGUAUAGAUUUUCAAACGUAGACUCGCAGAUUUGCACUUUAUGCAAACUGCGAAGUAGGUACAAACAGGUCCGCCUCCAAAUGCAUAUGUGGUAAGAUAUGCUACCAAUGCCUUGCCGCCUGUACAAAAGAAACGCAACGCCAGCGACGGUGAUAUGUGGUAUCAUGCAGAAUAUCCAAACAGAUGGAAACG